UGACACGGCCUCGUCUUCAUGAAACUACUAAAAAUGGCGACCGCAGAAUGCGCGACUUCAGCCCCUUCUACUACAGAAUGCUCUUCAGAGGAAAAGAGAAAGCAGUUUGGUAAUAGGUUUCUCACAGAUCCAUCACAAGUUUAUAAACAUAAUGCAUGGGACAAUGUCGAAUGGGACAAAGAUCAAGAAGAUGCAGCACUUGUAAAAAUUUCUGAGAAUUCAAAGGAGUUAGUACCAAAGGAAGAGAGAGAAAAACUUGAAGUAGAGGCACACUCAUUUUGGGAUAAAUUUUAUCUACAGCACCAAGAAAGGUUUUUUAAAGACAGACAUUGGCUUUUUACAGAGUUUGAAGAAUUAGCUCCAAAGUCUAAUAAUGGUCAUGGCUCUCCUGGCUUGGUACAAAUCAAUGGAAGGGAAGCUAAUGAACUUAAUUUUCCUGGUCAAAAUGCUCACACUAGAUUUUUUGAGGUUGGUUGUGGAGUCGGCAAUACGGUGUUCCCCGUGCUACAGGCGAACAGUGAUGGCGGCAUAUUUGUUUAUUGCUGUGACUUUGCACAAUCGGCAGUUGAUCUUGUAAAGCAACAUCCAGAUUACGACAAUAAAAGAUGCCACGCAUUUCUCUGUGAUGUUGCUGCUGAGAAUCCACAGUUUCCAUUUCCCAAGGAAAGUUUAGAUGUGAUCGUUCUAAUCUUCGUUUUAUCAGCAAUAGCCCCUAAUAAAAUGCAGCGAGUCAUCAAUAACUUGAGCGAGCUCUUAAAACCUGGAGGUAAAAUCUUAUUUCGCGAUUAUGGAAGAUUUGAUAUGGCCCAACUAAGAUUCAAAAAAGGACGGUGUCUUGAGGAAAACUUUUACGUUCGUGGCGACGGUACACGAGUGUAUUUUUUUACCCAAGACGAGCUUUCGUCGAUGUUCAAAACAGCUGGUCUCAUUGAAGAGCAAAAUCAUGUUGACAGAAGGCUGCAAGUAAACAGAGGAAAACAACUUAAAAUGUAUCGUAUUUGGAUUCAAUGUAAAUAUAGAAAAGCAAAUCCAUAAUAUUUUAUCGCGGUUA